AUGCUAAGGGCUGAGGGCGAAGAAGUGGGCAGUAAGGGGAUGGACGAGACCGUAGACGAUAGAUUGGUGAUAGGGAUGCAAGCGACUGAACCUGAUCAAAGGAUUGACAAGAAAGUGAUUGAAUUUAAGACAUGCACGAAUGCGAUCGUUGAUAGAGGUGGAUCGGAUAUGUAUUCGUUUACCACUAUCAGCAUAUGGAAUCAACAUAUGCAGUGCAGCACCUGA